AUGGAGACCGGGGAUGAGGGCGGCGGGCCAGCGGCUGGGGACGAGGCGGUGUUGCAGCGCUAUGAUCGCUUGACGGACGAGUGUCGGGUGCAGUUUGAGGUUUUGCACCAGGUGCCGCAGUAUGGAAGCUAUUGGCGUGGUUUUUUCACAGCCGCCUUUGAUCGCUUCACGGCCCUCUGGAAGUUGCAGCGGGCCCACCGAGCCCUCCUCAUGGAGCGGCGACAGUUUGGUCGGGUCGAGAUUGGGGACAUGGCAUCGCGGAUCGCGCAAAUUUACUUUCAUUUCUACUUGCGCAGUGCCAACCGGUAUUACCUGAAACAGGCUCAGGAGUUUCUCGAGGCCGUGCGCUCCCGGCGCUACUUUGACGUGGACCCAGGCGCCAGUGCUCGAGGAGCUCGGGAGUUGCAUGCCAAACGCUUCCGCUGCCUCGCUCGCUACUUGGCCAUCGCUCUCCUGCUCCGCUCUGCCACACCUUUUCUUGAGACAUUAAUUCGGAACAUGCGUGAGGUGCCCUUUGCCAAUGGCCAGCAGGUAGCAGAUGAGGCUGCCGCCUUUCUGCAGGCAGCAUUGGGACCGUGCGCUGAACUGGACGAGCUAGGUGUGUGGCCGCCCGUUCCAGAAGCGCCUCGGUCUCCAUCCUUGCCGCCCCACUUGGAUCUGGGGAUCUGCCUCCUCGUAUCCUCGGUGCGGGGGCAGCGGCGCUUCAGCGAAGUGAACCUGGAUCUCUUUCGCAUGGCGGGCAGCCUUGAACGCCGUGGUGUGCACGCGGAGGGUGCGCCCAAGCAUCUCUUGUAUCGGCCAUCCAGUAACCUACUCCUUGCCGUGCUUGCCAGUGCGCUGGCCAAUAUGCCCGUCAAGGCCGCCUGCCUUAUCUACUUGGCUGCUCCACCAGCUCCACUGGAGCCCGCGGAGACCGUGUCACAUGCCCAUUCGGCUUCGCCGACAGGUGCCGAGCGUGACCUCGGAGAUCAGAUGCAGGUCAACGAGUCAGGUAGUGAGGACGAGGACGAGGACGAGGAUGAGCUCGCACCCGACGGCGUCCUCCUUUCAGUUGCGCCUUCGCUCCCGGCUACGGAUCCCGAGGCGGCCCAUGAAGCAAUGUCUGCCGUCUUGACGUUUCGUGAUGUCUACUUUGCAUUACGCCACCCCCUCAUUCUGAUUGUGGACAGUCACUCGGCGUGCUGCUUUGAUUUGCUCGUGACAAAUGUGGAGCUCAAAACGGUGCUGGUACUAGCAGCCCCUGCAUUCUGGCCUCCCCAUGCGCAAAGCCCAGCCCAGGGCUCCGUCUUGGCUGCGCUCCUGACGCAACCCACGAUUGGCCUUUUGCGCUUGUUACGUGGGUAUGACUUUGUCUGUCAGGUCGCGCCCCUUCACACCCUGGCACAGCUCCACGCCGACCUCGUGGCGCUGCGGCGCCUCCUCUUGCAGCCCGCCGUGCGGGGUUUUCAUGCAUGCCUAGCCAACGACUUUGUCGCCAGUUAUGUGGCAACCAUUACCGCCGCCGUUGCUCUGUUACGACGCUUACAAUGGCCGGCCCGUGCCACCCCAACUAUGUACCCAGGCUCGUUGCUGGAGCAGCUGGUUGCUCACGUUGCGGAGACAGCCGAACUGACGACGGCCCAAACCACGCUGCGAGAGUUUGGCAUUGUAGAGCAGGAGCACUGGCUCUUGACUGCCUCAGACUGA